AUUGUGGGAAGCGUUUCCUGUUCGCAGCCAAACGGCCGCGUUCCAGACACUACAGCCUAACUGAAAAGGGCUGCAUCUUGAUGAAUGUCAUAGACUCUAGGAAGCUUGGAAGGGAUGCGAAGGAAAAUGGAAUUUUCUGGCUGGAUUCAGGGCUACCAAGACUAUUUCUCUGAAGUUCACAGCUGCUAAGGGAUCGCAGGCGGCCAGGGUCCUCCAGAGUGGGCGAGAGCGGCGUCUCUAUGAUCAAGGAGCCAUAGAGCGGGCCUCUCUACCCCGCCCAGUCAGACUGCGCAUGAGCAGUAGCUGUAGCACCGGAAAGAUGGCGGAGGAAGGGGAGAGAAAAAAGAUCCCUUUGGUUCCGGAAAAUCUCCUGAAAAAGAGGAAGGCGUAUCAGGCUCUGAAAGCAACCCAGGCAAAGCAGGCCCUUCUGGCAAAGAGGGAGGGGAAAUCAAAAGAAUUCAGGUUUAAGCGACUGGAAUCAUUCGUACAUGAUUCUUGGCGGCAACAGCGUGACAAGGUGCGUGUCCGGCGACUAGAAGUGAAACCUCGUGCAUUGGAAGUACCUGAUAAACAUUCCUUGGCCUUCGUUAUACGCAUGGAAAGGACAGAAGGAGUGAGUCUCUUGGUACAGAAGACCAUAGCAAAACUUCGCCUGAAGAAGUUGUUCAGUGGUGUCUUUGUCCAUGUCACCCCUCAAAGUGUGAAAAUGCUGCGCACAGUGGAGCCUUACGUGACCUGGGGAUUUCCAAAUCUGAAGUCUGUCCGGGAACUCAUCUUGAAACGUGGACAAGCAAGGAUUAACAAUAAGACUGUCGCUCUGACAGACAACACAGUGAUUGAGGAGCACCUGGGGAGAUUUGGUGUUAUUUGCCUGGAAGACCUCAUCCAUGAAAUCGCCUUCCCGGGGAAGCAUUUCCAGGAGAUCUCCUCAUUCUUGUGCCCUUUCCACCUCUCCGUGGCCCGGCAUGCUACCAAGAACAGAGUGGGGUUCCUCAAGGAGAUGGGUUCUCCUGGCUAUCGGGGUGAACGCAUCAAUCAGCUCAUCCGCCAGCUGAACUAGACUGGGACCAGGAGUUCCAAAAGCGCGGUGCACUGGAAGAGUGCUUUUGUAUCUCAGAUGACCAAGUAUCUUCAGAGAAGAUGAUUUCUGCCUUCACACACUGGAAGGAAGAGGCCAGGAGAAAGACAGCGGGGUCCGAGCAUUGUGAACCUCAGCACAGCCCAGUUCCAUGGAAAGUGGCUGCCCUGCUUCGUCCUGCCUGAUGUCUUGGUGUCUUAUGUUGGGUGGGCACAUAGCCCAAACGUCCUUCCCACCGCUUCAAGACUAAAGCAGUGGACCAGACCAGGGGCAUACCUGAGUUUGCAAGAAAGAGGCUUGGUUUUUACUUUUUAAUUUAUUGUUUGUUUAGGACAGGGUCUUACUGUGUACAAUCCUGGCUGGCUUUAAACUCCAUAGCAAUCCUCCUGACUCAUCCUCCUAGGUGCUGAGAUUACAGGUGUGUGCACCCCCAGCCUGGGAGCUUACUCCUCAGACAUGAAAUGUGGUUAGGAAGUGACGAAAGCGGCGUGCGGUCUUGUGCUGUGAGGUCAUGGUGUGACGUCAGUGUCCGCUUUGGUCAGGCUUGCCUGUCCUGAGUCGGUGUGGUGCCGUUUGAACCCUGACCUGCUGUUUAAGAUGGGGGUUGUCUACGCUAGGAAGACACAUGCCUCAUAACCAUACACACACUCCCACUGUGCUCAGAACUCCAUGGUGCUGACACACACCCUCUUGGACCCCGUGCCUCUCACGUGAGGACAGCCUGCUUUUAUGAGCAUUGAUCUAGCAUUCUGUGCUAGAAGAGACUAGAAGUUUAGUCUUGGUUGUUCCCUAGUGAUAAACUGGGCCUUGUGUUACACCCCUUUAGUCCCAGUGCUUGGGAGACGGAGGCAGCAGAGAUCCUGAGUCCUGCUGUAGAGUUCAGGACACCCAGGGCCACACACAGAAACGGCUCAAACAAAAAAUGUAUCCGGGAAUUGCCCAUUAAAUUUCACCCUGGCUUUCAGGAUGGCCUUGGAAAUUCCCCUAUCAGCCUUUCCUUAAAACCCACACCAGUAUGGUGCACGCCUUUAAUCCCAGCACUGGGGGGCAGAGACAAGCGGAUCUGAGUUCGAAGCCAUUCUAGUCUACAGAGUGAGAUCCAGGACAGGCACCAAAACUACACAGAGAAACCUGUCUCAAAAACACAUACCAGGGGUCCACUUUCUUAACUAUUCCCUUGAGAUUUCCUGUAACCUUGGCUCACUGUGAAACUUGUUAGAAAUAAUGACAAGAGCCAGAGCUGGGUGCUGGUAGCACAUGCCAUUAAUUCCAGCACUUGGGAGGCAGAGAUAGGCAGAUUUCUGAAUUCAUUCCCAGCCUGGUGUACAGAGCAAGUUCCAGGACAGCUAGGGAUACAUAGUGAGACCCUUUCUCAAGGGGGAAAAGGAAAGAAAAAUUUAACAGUGCCUCAGAACAUACUGGUUACAAGGUGAGUGGAUUCCAGAAUCUUCCAGAGGUCAGUAACUGCUGUUGUAGAGCAUUGGGAGAUGAGGUAACCAAAAAUGCCUUGUUGUGGGUACCAUGCUAAAUGAGGGACCCCUAGGGGUUGUCAGAGUGCUUCCCUAAUAUGUAGGAGGCCCUUGAUCUAAGGUAAGGGGCAUGGCUUCCUUUUCUGGCCUGAAAAGUGGAGCUACUAUCUUCCAAGGUGUCUGCUUGCUCAGAAUUUAAAACAAGUUUGAAAGUAAUUGUAAGUAAAAGUUUAUUUUUAGAUGUA